AUGGAGUGUGGGAGCGCUGAACCUCCCCCGGGCUUCGAGCCCAAUUUCCUCGAGAACUGGCAGUCAGACGGUGCUUUCUCGAUCGCAUCGUGGGAUAGACCAGGAUUCGAUCAGUCCCCCGAAUGGGACACCAGUCAGGAGUCCUCCCAGGCAGACAUCGGGGAGUUCAGCUCCCUGCACGGCGCGCUGGCUCGCGAUCAGCAGGAGGGCUCCCAUGAUUUCCCCAACCUUGAUUACAGCAAUCCCGGGAAGUCGCAGAACAAGUUUGGCUUCCUCGAUGGCACCAUCACCCCAGACACCCUUCCAUCGUCGACCGACGACAACCUGCCCCGCGAAGAACAAUGGACACAGUUCCAGAUCCCAGAGGCUCUCAUGGCAGCAAUGCCAAUGGACGCGCCCAUGUUCUAUUCGUACGAGAAAGGGCCCAGAGUAGUAGCGACCAAUUCCGUGAUCCUCGAUGGCAGUCACAAGCCGCUGGAUCAAGGCUUCCACCAGCUGUCCUCAGGGCAAGUAACGCCCUUCCAGCACACGUCGCCCACGUUCCAGUUGAUGAACGAAUCAUGGCCUGAUUCACUCAAUGCUGCACCAGCACCCGUUACAGAACUAUCUGAUGCCGCUGUGUCGGAUCCCCAACGCGGAGAUGGAGAUGGGCAGGCCGUGGACUUGCCCGCACCAGCCCAGCCUCUCGACCUGGAAUGGUUCGAUGAGCUUGACGUGCAGAUCCCGGCCAAUAUGACCUCUACUUUCUCGGUGGUGCCCCAGAAUCUGGGCCUCUACGAUGACUAUCAGGUAAUGAAGAAGGAAUCUCUGGAGCAUUCUGACAGCCCUCUUUCGGGCCCGGAAGACGUCUCCAGUGCCUUUGAUGGUUCUUACUCUGCAACUCAUGAUGAUAUAUCGGCGUUCGCCAACCGCCAGCUCAGUGAGGAAGAUACUCGUUUUAUGGAAUGGAGCGAUGUGUCCCCAGGCAGCAGCACGUCGAAUCUCUCGCAUAUCAUUCCCAAUGCAGGUGGAUUCGCUGUCGGUCAAGGGAUGCAGCAGUCAGCAUCCGCCUCGAUUCCUGCAAAGGCUCGAAGCGCGUCCUCGCUCGCACACCGAGGGUUGGCACGUCACACCUCGCUUUCUCUACAACCGGUCACGACGGCAAGGAAGAGGAAGCAGCGCAAUGCUGCUUCCAUCGACAUUUCUCAGCAGCCGAAACCACUGCAAAUCGUGCAAGAGGAUGGUCAAGGAGGGUCGAUUUCCUCGGCCGAUUUCGUCUCUCCUCCGCGCGGAGCUCGUCGGAAGGGUCCCCUGAGUACCGUGGGAAGAGCCAACGCGGGAAUGCGCCGGAAGAACAAGGAUACUUGUGUUCAGUGUCGUCUGAAUAAGCGCAAGUGUGAUGGAGGCGCGCCGUGUGAUGCAUGCCGUCCUACGCUACACGAGCAACCCUGCGCACGCGCGUGCUUUGCCAGCAUCGUGGAAUACGGAACGUGCAACUACAUCUCCCAACGAGCCAUUAAUCACCCUACGUUGAGCGGGACUGGCAGGAUGCGAAUGGAAAUCCCUUCCGCCUUCAACUUGAACGACCUCCUUUCGCUCCUCAGUGAACGCAGGGGUCGAUUCAACAUCCGCGCGACCCAAGCCUGGGGCACUCUAUACGUUCUGGAUUUGGGCGAGACCUACAAGUUUCUCAAGGGACUAACUGAGUACAACGGCAACGCUAGCUCCACCUUCCUGGAAUUCAUAGACCGUCGAAUCAUCGAGUCCAAAGACAAGUCAAAGAAUUGGCUUGCUUGUGUUCGAGACUGCGAUCCCAUGAAUAACAUCUUUUCUCUGUUGUCACAGUGGAACAACAUGCCAAGUCGAGCUGCAUACAGCUUCGUUCCGGUUGAUGAAAAUGGACAGGAACGUCUCAUGGACGUCAACGAUCCGGAAGACCAAAAAGAGAUCUUAUUGGCGGCACAGUUGUCACGUAUCUUCUGCCGCAUGCUUGAGGUUGAGGGUUUCCGAAAGCUAGAACGCGACUUCUACAACAUCAAAUGGAAGCGCAUCUCGCAUGAAGCACAUCUGCGCUUCCUUGACGAACUCGGUCACAUCCUCCUCACCCUCCGCUGGCGCGUUUCCUGGUGGAAGCUCUUGGGUGACGGCGGUGUCGACCCAGACCCCAGUAAACAACACUAUGUCGACCGCGUGCAACUCCUAUGCAGGAUUCUCUACGUUUAUUACACCAGCGUGCUCGCCAAACUGCCAUCCUGGUCUGCUGCAGAUGUUCCCAAGGGAGUAUGGUCCACCUACGCUGAUGCGAAUCCGGUCUGGGAUGACUUCCCCGCGGAUGCAACGGACAACGGCUUCAAUGAAUGGAUGGAGAGAGGCCGUGAUCUCAUCGAACAAGGCGGCGUUCCAAGCCGUGUCGCGAAAUUCUAG